AUGCCCACGAUAGAAUCCAAGUCUACCAGCCGUGACGCCACUUCCACGUUCCAGGACUCGCUGUACCAUCAUGCCAGAGCCUUGAGCCAUGUCUCGGUGCACUACGGCUCCCACAACAAUGAAGUGCAGCAGCUUUUAGAAGCGUUGGCACUCGUCGCGCGCAACGGCCGCAAACUCGUGUUUCUCGGUACUGGCAAGUCGUUCAAAGUCGUGCACAAGUCCGUUGCAAUGCUCACGUCGCUCGGAAUCGACGCCCGCGCUCUGCACCCGAGCGAAGCGCUCCAUGGCGACAUGGGCACCGUGCGUCCUGGCGACGCGCUUGUGCUGUGUUCCAGCAGUGGCGAGACCCAGGAACUGGUGGUGUUUUUGAAGCACGCCCAGAUGGUGCUGGAACCGUCGUUGACAAUGCUGGUUACCUCCAGCACGCGGUCCUCGCUGCACGGACUCGUGGACAAAGUCUUGUACGUCCCACAGCCGCAGAAAUUCCACGAGACAACAUUGCAGCACGGGCUGCCCUCUCCGACAAUCUCGACCACGCUAAUGCUGUCGGUGUUGGACUGUUUCUGUUUGGCGCUUUCAGAGCUAUAUUUCGACGGCGAUCGCGACCUAAGGCUCCAUUUCUUCAGAAAGAUGCACCCCGGUGGGGGCAUCGGCAAACGGCUGUCUGUAGAUUCGGUGCCCGUCCCAAAAAGCAGCACCAGCAGCACCAGCAGCACCAGCAGCACCAGCGAUGAGUGUCACAUAUCACGUGACAUCUCAGAGGGUCUAUUCUUGCAGUACAUUGUGGAAUUCGACUACUGCGUGAUCAACGGGGUGCGCUACAGCUCGCAUUUGCUGCAGGACCGGUACCGGGCCUGGAAGCAUUUGUCGCGCGGGCACACUGAGCCCAAGACCGCAUUGAACGGGAACUGGAAUUUGGAAUGGGUGCUGGCACCGCAGGCUACGGUUCAGACCAGUGUUUAG